UGGAAAUCGAGGCUCUGGUGCCGAACAAGGAGCAAGACCCUUUUCUCCAGCUACCCCAUCCUCUUAUGACGCGUUAUCCUCGUUAGCAAUCUACCAGAUCUUGCCUAAUGACAAGAUGUUGUUUCCCGAAGACGAUGCGCCCAUGCUCAAGGCAUGGAUCGUGAAGCGACUCGAGAACACAUCUGACGCUGAUGCCGAUGUUCUGGCGGAGUAUGUUCUUGCCUUACUUCGACACGAUGGCAGCAUAGGUGACGUACGAAAGCUCUGUGAGGAGGAAAUCCCAGAUUUCCUUAAAGAAGACUCAUCCGUGUUUGUCAAUGAUGUCUUCAAUGCGAUCCAGCACAAGUCAUACCUUCCAGGCGCCUUGCCUCUGCCGAAACUUUCGGCUCCCCCGACUGCUCGCCCUCAGGCGCUUCCCUUUGAUGAAAUACCGAUGAUAUCGCAAGGCCCCCCGACGGGCCCGUCGCAAAAUGGCUCAAGAAAGAGAUCCUAUAACGAACAGGGCGACGUCGACAUGCAAGGCGCGAACGAGUUUGGCGCACGUUCAUUCAAGCAACCUCGACGGGGCCGCGGCGGGCGUAUGCAGGAUCCCAGUAGCUUCAGAAGAGGCCCGGCACCCGGGGGUUUUCCAGGCGGAGGAUAUCAACCGUCUCAGCUUUCAGCGCCUCAGCCAGGAGCUCCCAUCUUCGAUCCGAAUAACCCGAUGGAUGCCUUGCUGAAGCUGCAGGCUUUGGGUAUGCCGCUACCCCCAAUGCCCGACUUUGCGCCUCACGGCCCAUCGGCACUUGGAGGGGGCCAGCCAGCAAGGAGACGACAACGGUGCCGAGAUUAUGACAUCAAAGGCUACUGCGCUCGUGGCAACACUUGCAUGUUUGAGCACGGGACGGAUUCUAUAUUCGUGCCUCCUCCGAUGCCUUUGUCGCAGCCGCAAGGAAAUGAGGAGUACGACCCUAGUAAUGCGUCAAUGUUGACAGGGCGUUUUACCGGGCCCGGUCCUCAACCUCAACUCGCUCAACCCUUUGGUGCAAACGGCAGGGGUCAAGCCGGACAUCGAGGCGGCAGGCAGGGAGCGUCGAAACGCGCCCGGGCUCCGUUCUCUGCAGAUGGACCGGUAAACGACAAGAGCAAAUCGACCAUUGUGGUAGAGAACAUACCGGAGGAGAGCUUCAGCGAGGAAGAGGUCCGCCGAUUCUUUUCCCAGUUCGGCAACAUCGUCGAGGUGUCAAUGCAGCCGUACAAACGCCUGGCCAUAGUCAAAUUCGACUUGUGGUCUGCUGCCAAUGCCGCUUGGCGAUCGCCGAAAGUGGUUUUCGAUAAUCGCUUUGUCAAGGUCUUCUGGUAUAAGGAAGACGAAUCAACAUUGCCAGCUUCGAAGCCGCUGAACAAAGGAGGGCCAGCCGGGGCGCAGAAUGGCACCCCCAAUGCAGGAAGCCCAACCCCUGGACCUGAAAUCGACAUGGAUGAGUUCUUGCGCAAGCAAGAGGAGGCACAGAAGGCUCAUCAAGAGAAGGUGCAGAAGGUGCAGGAGAUCGAGAGUAAGCGUGAAGAAUUGGAGAAGAGACAGAAGGAGCUCCUGGCAAAACAGCAAGAGGAGAAGCAAAAACUCUAUGCGAGACUUGCCGCUAGCUCUAAAAAGUCCGCCGGCCCUUCUGGUCAAGAUGGGAGCGACGCAAAAACGCAAAAACCCACAGGCCAGUCAGAUGCGUUGCGAGCGCAGUUGGCGGCUCUAGAAGCCGAAGCCAAGCAGCUGGGGCUCGAUCCUGAUGCGAUGGAUGAUGGCUCGACCUGGACCCCCGGAGGCGGUCGUGGAAGGGGUAGAGGAGGUUUCCCCAGAGCCAGAGGAUUUGCUCCUAGAGGCUCUAGGGGAGGAUUCCGGGGGCGGGGUGGCAAUCAUGCUGCCUACGCGGCAUACUCUCUCGACAACCGCCCUAGGAAGGUCUCGGUGACUGGCGUGGACUUUACAGUGCCUGAAAAAGACGAGCCGCUUCGGCAGUACCUUUUUGGUAUCGGCGAGUUCACGGACAUCCAGACCGCCCCUGAGGCCACACAGGUCACAUUUAAGGAUCGUAAGACGGCCGAGAAGUUCUUCUAUAGUAUCACGAAUAAGGAGAUACCCGGGGUUGAAGGCAAAGUCGAGCUGAGCUGGGUCAGCGGUUCAGCGUCGGCGAGCACUCCAUCUCCUUCGGUCGUCAACGGAAGAGCCUCAGUCGAAGAACAGAAGCAGCCCGCCAGGAACGAGGACACGGUGAUGAGUGCCGGCGGCAACAGUGCUGAUAAGGAAGAUACUGCCGUCAUGGAACACCCACCGGAGCAGUCCGAUAUGGACUACGAUGUUGCGGAUGACAGUCAGUGGGAUAUUGGUUGAGCUCCCGGAAAGAGCAAGCGGGUUAUUCAGGGCAUGCUUGGUAAUAUCGGCCGCAGAAAAAUUUUGCUCAGUGUUUUUUUUGGCAGACCAGGACUUGUGGACAGCAUUUUCUGUAUAUAGCAAGUUCGUGUAGUACAUAUAAGUGCCUCUAAUUGGGAGUGGCAAGACACUCAUGGCGCAGAGAGGCCAAGAUUCCAGCACGCGCUGCAGUCUCAGGCAAAUGAAAUCCGUAACGAAUUCAGCAUAUUCCAACAGGGGAUCCUGGGG